UCCUCCUGGCGCGAUUCAGGAUCGGAAUCGCCGCCCUACUCCUCUUCGUCAUAAUCCUCGACAUUACCUACUGGGUCCUCUACUUCAACGGCCUCUCCCCCAACGACAAAGCCACACGCACGCUCCUUACCCCAGAACGACUCAUCCUCGCCGACCAUAUUUUGCUCGUCCUUAUCAUUGGCUAUGCCGCCGUACCCCGGUUCCCCACAAAAGUGCCGCGCUAUGCCCGUGCCUUUGUGCUCUUUGUCCUGGCGGUCUAUAUGCUCUACUACCACCUGAACAACCUCUCUUCUCUCUUUGCGUCACGUGUCUUUCUCUGCAGCACCUCGUAUAUCAAGAACGCCUGUGGUGUUAAUCGUGUCAUCCAGAUCUUUGGCACAGUCGCUGGCUUCUUGAUCAUGUAUGAGAAUGCCUUGACCCUCAAAGAGACCGACCCUAGCCCGUCCACCAAAGCAGCGGCAGCAGGAGGGGCUGGAGGAACUGAAGGAACUGGAGGAGCACAGCCGAACCCUAACAUUGUCCCUUACAAUCCAGGGAUGCAGACCUUUAACCCGACCUAUCCGCAGCAGCAACAAUUCCAGCAGCAGCAGCAGCAGCUUGUAUACUAUCCUCAGCAACAGCAACCUUAUACACUGGCGCAGCAGCAACCUCUCCAGAACGCGACACAUAAGUUUGAGGCCCAAGGACAAGCACAACAGCAACAACAGUUCCAGCCACAACCACUUUACCAGCUGACCCCUCAACAACAGCAACAACAACUGUUCUACCAGCCCCUUCAACCUGGUCAACAACCAUUAAUACAGCAGCAGCAAAGCCCCUAUUCACAACAACAACAACAACAACAACAACAACAACAACAGACCGUAGCUGCUCAACCUAUGGUUCCUGGAUCGUUGGUCACGACAACUCCUCAGCCAGGCGGACAGGCUAUUGCCCCUUACACAAGCUCGGGUGGUGCCUCGGUUGCUGUCUCACCGGUGCUUCCUGUUGGAGGGUACUCGACUCCUUCACCCUCUGUCGGUCACCAGUCGCCUGUCCAUCCUCCUCAGUAA